AUGCCAGAGGGCAGGCAAUUUGGGGUAAUCAUUCCAUUUUACCCUUCAAUUGGUCAUUGUUUUUCAUUUAUGAGUUUCUUUCUUUUUUUUUUUUUAAUCUUUCAAUUUGUCCUCCAAAUUCUCUGUUUGUUUGAUUUUUAAAUAGAAUUUGUGGUUUGAAUUAAAUUCUACUUUUUGGAAAUUGACUUUAUUUGAAAAAGAUUUUCCUACAAAAUUUUUCCUACGCUUGCAUCCAUUCAUAUAGAAAAAGGAAAAGGUGCCACACAGAUAUUUUGGAGGAAAGGGACAAGGCUUCACGAGAAACAGCACAUGCUUUCCUUUCAUUUCUGGGAGUCUCGGGGUCGACCUACAGAUGCUGCUCCUUCCGUGGCUGAUGGCAUUCAGACUCCUAGCUGCCGACAGUGCCAGGCCAACAACUGGACAGAACAGCUCAGCUACAGGAAGGUGGCCACAGUCUCGGCCAGAGGAGCAGCCCCCUGGCCACAGACCACCUCUGCUACCCCAUCCAGAAGCCUUCCCACCUCCGUCAGGCUUGUCCCGGCCUCGCCACAGGGGCUGAAGAACUGGGAGGUGGUGGCGGCAGUGGCAGUGGUGCCUGCAGCCUUGGGGCCAGUCCAGGCACGUGGGACCCUGCUUCGGGCAACUCUGCAGCCCCUCCAGUGCCGGGGAGGGAUCCAGGACAGCCCGAGCGCUCACCACUGUUUCCUCCUGUUGCCGAUACCUAGGCAAGGGCUCAGAAUGGAAGCGGCCACUCCUGAGCUGGAUCCACAGGCCAGACUGAGGGAGGUGGGGGACCGGGUGAGCGGAGCUCAAGAUAGCCAGGAGCUAAAGCAGCAGCUGCAGCCACUGCCCAAGCCAUCAGCCUGCUCCCAGGGAGAAGCGCAAUAUGUAGAGAUGUGUGCUUCAGCUGGAGUCAAGAAGGAGAGUCCCCGGACCGUGACACUAACACUGGAGCGCUCAUCUGGGGAUCAAAGGCCCUCCAGGAGUCCCAAAGAGAAAGCCCAGGAUGAACCCAGUGGUCAAGAGUGCAAGGCUCCAACCCCCCAGGAGAAUCCUGCUUCCUCGGAACUCUCCAGACCCCAACUCUCCUCCAAUGACGAGUGCAGUAACUUGUCCUUCUCCUCCUCUUCCUCCUCCUCCUCCCUGGGGGACAAAGCAGAAAGUGGCCUUUCCAAGUUGGAUGAAACCACCACAUCGGCAGGGGCUCUGGCCACCUCGUCUUCAUCUUUAGGCUUUGAGAGUGACAGUGGUGAGAGCGCCGUGAGCUGCCAGCCCCGGGGAGGAGUGGGAGGGAAAAAAGCAGGAGGGGGCGCGGAUGCAGGUAGCGGAGAAGAUGGAACAGAGUGCAGAGACAUUAUUGCCAAGUCUCAGGGCAGCAGGGGCCCCCCAGCAAAUGAGGAGCCUCAUUAUAUCACCACCCACGAGAUCCAGCUGAGUGAGGUUGAACAGGACAUGGAUUUCGACGUAGGGCUGGCCUCCCGCUGGGAUUUCGAGGACAACAACGUGAUCUAUUCAUUCGUGGACUAUGCUUCCUUUGGUGGCAGCGAUGAGACCCCAGGGGACGUCACUACCCCCACUGAAGAGGAUAACAGCUGCUACCUCAGCACCACUCCCAGCACCAAUGCCACCCGGACACCCAGCCCCACCAGCAGUGAUCCCGCCCGCCCCAGCGCAGGCAGCAGUGGUCGCAACACCAGCAGCACAGAAGUGGGCAGUGGCCCUUCUGACAGUGGCCCCACUCCCCCACCCACUGGCCCUGGCACUGCCACUCUGCCUGAGCCCUUGCCACAGCCCCCGGAGGCAGCUUCAGGGGUAGCAGCCGCCGCAAGCAGCUGUGGGAAUGCAGCGAGCCAGAUCCUCCUAUCAAUCAAACCGACUUCCCGGGCUAUAAAUGAGCCUAGCAACGUGCGUGCAAAGCAAAACAUUAUUUAUGCUGCCAAGCAUGAAGGCGACAUGAGCCUCCGCGUCUCUACAGCUGCUGAACACAAUUCAAGUUCACUGAAGCAAGACCCGGCUGCAGCGGUGGCUCAGGACCAUGCAAAGAAAUUCAUCGCUGUUCCUGCUCGCCUGCAAACCCGAUGCGGGGCCAUCCGGGCGAAGGAGCUGGUGGACUAUUCGAGCGGGGCCUCCAGUGCCGUGAGUGAACUGGACGACGCGGACAAAGAGGUGCGUAACCUGACCUCCCGUGCCUUCCGGAGCCUCGCUUACCCCUACUUUGAGGCUUUGAACAUCAGCUCUCGGGAGUCCUCCACGCUCUCCGAAGUCGGCUUCGGACGCUGGUCAACCUUCCUGGACCUAAAAUGUGGAGGUGUUGGAGCCAGGGUGGAACAGAGCCUGCUCAGGAGCAGUGCGGCCUCGGUGGCCGCAGGUCUGAGGAAGGGCGGUGGAGCCAGGACGACUGCAGACCAGCUCUACAUCCACUCCAGGAAGUCCCAGACCAAGGCCUUGGAGUUCGUGGUCAGCAAAGUUGAGGGGGAAAUCAAACACGUGGAGACACCUCUGUGUUUCCAGAAGCAGGUCCAGACUGGCUCCCGCGUAGUCACCCUUCUGGAGCCUCUGAAUUUUCGCAGUGAGAGCAAAGCCAGCUCAGCCACUGGGCCCUGCAAGACCACCAAAGGCUCCAACAAAGGUCCCGGGUCAGUGUACACAGACGAUGGCUCAGAGACCUCUGAGAGCAGCAAACCUGUCUCCCGUGUGGAGGGCGCCCAGAAGAAGUCCAAGUUUGCUUCCAGUCUGCUCAAAAAUGUCAUCUCCAAGAAGAUGCAGCGGGAACAUGAGUUCAAAAUGGAGAGGGGAGAAGUCACUGACACAUCUCACCACAGCCUCUCCAGUACAUCCAAGGAGCUAGAGGGCCCCCCUGGGGGUGAGAAGCAGCGGGAGAGGGGCCUGCAGAGGCAGAGCUCUCGCCACUCGGAGGCCAGCUCCGAGUACACGGUGCUCAGCGUGUCAGACCCUGGUGGGGAGGGGUCUAUAGCCGGGUCUAAAUCCCCAAUUUUCAAAGCCAGUGCUCCUCGGGAGAGCAAUGCAGGCUCCAGCCGAAAUUUCGCCGAUGGGCACACAGAAGAAGUGUGUGAAAUUAAAAAGAAUGCAUCAGAGACUGUCAAGGGCAUCUUCCUCCGUAGUCAGAACAGUGCAUUCCGAUCGUGGAAAGAGAAAGAGGCCGAGAAGCGAGAAGAAAAAGCCCCCAUUGGGAAGCUGAAACUCCCCAAAGGGGGCGACUGGAGGGCUGAUCUCGGGGAGAUCUCUGCCAGCAAGUCCACCAUCAUGUCUCGUCUCUUUGUCCCCAACAUCCAGCAGACAUCCAAAGACAAGCAGCCAGGGAAACAGGCCACCAAGUACCCAGCUGCCCAGGCCACCUCCACUGCCCCCAUCAGGCCCAAGGCUCCGGAAAUCAAGAUCCGGCUGGGGAGUGUGCAGCAGCCAAGUUCCGACUUCAACAUUGCCAAGCUGCUCACGCCCAAACUGGCCAGUGGCAGCGCCUCUAACCUCCUCAGGACCAUUGAGGACAACAGCAGGGUGCAGCAGAAACUCUUCCGGGGGGACAAUCUGGAAAAAGUGCCCCAGUUCCAGGUGAGAGACGUCAGAGACAAAUCCAAGGCUCAGGGACCCCUCCACCAAGUGAGAGAUGUCAGGAAACUAAUCAAAGGGUCAGCAGAUAGCAGUGACAAGGGCAGUGUGACCCCGGAGCAGGGGCUGACGGGGCCCAAACCCAGGCAGCUGGCUCCUGCAGCUGGUGGGUCCAGAUCCCUCUCCCCCAUGGUGAUUACAUGCCAGGCUGUGGUGAACCAGAGAGAAGACAGCAUGGACCGAGAGCUGAGGGAGAGCCUGGGCAAAGGUGGCUGCAGCAGUGGCUUGAAUUCCUCCUCUCUGGAAGGGACGGUCUUGGUUCACAGGGCAUCUGGCAGGCUGCCCGUGGCCACCAUUGCUCCCAAUAAGCCUGAGCAGGGCUCAUACCUGCCUGUGCUCAAGAUUGUCUCCAAGGCUUCUGCUCAGAAGACCCCAGAGAAGGCCAAGGACGAAGAGGUCAAGGAGGAAGCGAAAGGCCCCAAGCCAUCUCGGAAUGCCCUGGAGAAGCUGACGGCAGCUGUAAGGUCCAUGGAAGAGCUGUACAGCUUCGACAGGAACGAGUGGAAGCGCAAAAGCGACCCCUUGCCCAUCAUGACAGACAGCCACGUCCUGUCGCUCAUUGCCAGCGAGGAGAGGGAAGGCUCCGGGGUUGCCGAGAGGGACCCGGACAAGCUGGCCAAACGCCUGGGUGAGGCAGGAGAGCGCGGCACAGGAAACAAGGGCGGAGUGGUCCUGCGAGGGGCGCCCAUGGAGCGUCUGCAGCGGAGAAACUCCAAUCCGAGUAUGGAGAGUGUGUCUGCUCGAGCCGCUGCUUUUGAGAACCUGGCCAGGGAAAGGCCCCGUUCCCUCUAUAUCCCCCCAGUCCACAAGGAUGUGGAGAGAACCCAGCCCCUGCAGCCCCUCCCACCACUCCCCAGCAACCGGAAUGUCUUCACAGUUAGUGCCAGCAGCACCCAGAAAACUGGGGGUGUCGCUGGCAAGUUCCCACAGGGGCUUUCUCCAGAAAGUCCUUCAGCAGCAAAGGGCAUCAAGUCUCAGGGACUACGGUCCCUCAAGAUCUCUCCAGCCACCAGGGCACCUCUCGAUGAGGUGACCAACAGGAAAAAUGGCAGCAGUUUGGAUAAGAACAAUAGUGACUGUGAGAAUUAUCUGACUAUCCCCCUUAAAGGAAGCUCUGCAGCUGGGGAGCUUCCAGGCAGGCCUGGGGCUGGGAGGGAGGGGGCCCCGGCCUCCUCAGUGACCACUCUCUGCAGCUUGCCCCCCCUGAGCGCCCGCAGUCAGGUCCCUAGCAGCUCCAAAGGCUCCCAAGUCAGUGGAACCAGCCGUCCAGCGUGGCGUACCAAACCUGACAACCCACGAGAGCCGGUAACUGCCCCUCCAGGGCCGCAGAGCCCAGAGCAUCCUCCCACUGCCAUCUACCACCAACAGCCACUGCCCUUCACCCUGCAGGGGGCCCAGCCCCAGGUCCUCUGCUUCUCUCCACCUGGCAUGCCUGCCCCGGCGCCUGCAGGCGCAGCUCCCGUCCCCACAGAUCCCUUCCAGCAGCCACAGCCUCAGCAGACCCAGCGCAAGAUGCUCCUGGAUGUGACGACUGGCCAGUACUAUCUGGUGGACACUCCAGUACAGCCCAUGACCCGGAGACUGUUUGACCCUGAGACAGGGCAGUAUGUGGAUGUACCCAUGACCUCCCAGCAGCAGGCUGUGGCUCCCAUGUCUCUCCCUGUGCCCCCCUUAGCCCUGAGUCCCGGUGCCUAUGGACCCACCUACAUGAUCUACCCUGGAUUUCUGCCCACAGUGCUGCCCGCCAACGCCCUGCAGCCCACACCAAUUGCUCACACUACAGGGAGCAGUGAGCUCUCUCAGAUGGCCACAGAGCCCCCCAGCAAAGAGGCAGCUUCGACAUUCACUGAGGCCCCAUACUUCACAGCCUCUGGUCAGUCUCCCGCCUCCUCUUCCUCCUCUGCCCCGGCAGCCACAUCCCAGCUCGUGGGAGCCAAAGGCUUCGCCCAGCUGCAUGGCAAGCCUGUCAUCAGCAUCACUUCGCAGCCCCUGGGGCCAAGGAUCAUUGCCCCCCCUUCUUUUGACGGCACCACCAUGAGUUUUGUGGUGGAACACAGAUGAUGAGCAGUCACCAGGAAGUAGGACAGAACAGCUGCUGGAGCAAGACAGAAAGAUGGACUACUCUUCUUUAAUCUGAAGACUGCAUUAUAACAGCACUAAGAAUUCAUCUGAAAAACUUCCUCUACAUGUAUUAUUCUUAGUUUUUGCUUCUUAUAAAUCAAGUGUGUAAGUUUCUAUAUUUUCCUGAACAACUCUGUUAAGACACUUCAUGUUAUUUUAGUUUUACUAGGCUGAUUGAAUGGUUGCAUCUUUUUCCUCUGUACAACUUUCUUUUUAUACUUUAAUACAGUAUAUAAGCUUUCUAUUCAUCUUUCCCUUCUUUUAACUAGACAAACAAUCCCUUAAGUAUUUUCAUAGUUCAAUCAAACCAUACAACAGAAUGGGAUUGGUUCUUUUAUACACCAAGUGAGCAAAUCAAUAAUUUGGAUCAAAAAUCUCCUUAUAGUUUCUUGGAAUAUGAGGACUAGCUGACAGAAUUAUAGCAUGUGCCUGGAUUUUAAAUAUAAUGAAUCUGCACUUUGAAUCAUAUGCUAGCCAAGCCUAGUCAUUCUCUUGGUUAUAUUCUACAUGUUCUUUUAUUGGAUUUAGCAUGAUUUCAGAUUUGAUUGUGAAAAUAGUGGUUUUAACUUUUGUGCUUUAAUUUUCCCACUUGUACAACAUCAUGACACUAUUUGUUGUCUUAAAAUAGAAUGGCUUAAAAUACCAAAGAGCCCAUAACUGCAUUUAAAAUUAAGUUCUUAGUCUCAGAAAUGUAUAAAGUAUUUAUUUCCCAAACUUUGUUAUGAGUGUAUAGCAUUUUUUUUUUUUUGUCUUCUUCAAUGAUUCCCACCACAGUUGCAUACUCCUGUCUCUCACAGAUUGUUCGCAAUCUGAAGAGUGACGCGUUUGGAGUGAUAGAGUAGAAUGUAAGCUCCGAUUCAGUGGCUCUGAUUUUCUCCAGCCCUAGCUAUACCAAUAACAGUAACCUAGGAGUACAUCACUUGCUCCCUAUGGUUUUAAGUGAUACUGAGAAUCCAAAUCACAGAAUCUUGCAUGUACAUUCAAAACUGACUCAGUUGUAACCCAGUUCUGAAGGUUAUUUCAGUGAGUGUUCACAGUGAGUCUCGAAGAGUUAAAUAGUCCUAUAGAUAAAUAUUUAGCUUGUCAGAAUUAAUGUGUGUCAAUAUAUUUGACAAAUGUUACAUUGGAUUAUUUCUUACUCUAAAAAAGAAUACCUUGAAGAUUCUUUCAGGCUUUCCUAUUUAAGGACUCUCGUAGUUACUCAUUUGUUCAAAGAUAAAGCAUUCUGGUCAUUUUUUAAAAAGGCUUAUUUUGAUUUUAAUGGUCAUAAAUAAUUGGUUUCUAAUUAAGAUUUGCUUCUUGAAGCCACAGAAUUUUAUCCUAUUCAUGACUGAAGGUGUGGGUAAAAAACUAUGAGAUUGAUUUUUAUAUGAUUUAUGUAAUCAAAUUACUUUGUAGUUAUGCUUACUAUCUCAGACUCUUUAGAAAAAUAACUCAAUUUCACUUUGGGGGACUUCCUUAAAAAAAACUAUUGGAAAAAAGGAAAGGUUUGAGAGAGAAAUAGUCAGCUCUGUUCACAAUUUAGUCAAUCAUUGGGCUGAUGAGCUAUGAAAUGAAAUGAUAACCUCUAUGAGACAUGAAAUAUGAAGCAGCCUCUGUGUAUGGAAGAGAUGACCUUGUAUCGUAUUAGUGAAAGUAUUAUUCCUUUGUCACAGAGGUCUUCUUACCCAGGGACAUCAACAGCUUCACCCCAGAACUUACUUAGUUUUCCACCACUGGGGAACUACUUACAGCAUCAGCUCAUCCUCGUUUUCAGUAGAGAUUGGCUGGGUAUGAGGUCACUUAAUAUAAAAAUAAUAGAGUAGAAUCAAUUUCAAAGGUCUCAAACCUAUAAUACUCAAAAACAGUACCAUGAAUUCUCAAGGAUUUGAACAUAUCUGGUGAAACUUGUAUAGCAUUUGGGUGGGUAGUACCAGAAUUACUAAGACUGUUUUAAAACCAUGUGUGACUUUUAGGAAAACCCAGUGGUCAUGUUGAAUAGUCAACUGCUCGCCAGCUCUUCAAAAAGAGAGACAUUUCUUUCCUAGAAAAUGUGGUAAUGUUUUUACCUACCAAUGGUCCGGGGGCUCCAUAAGCUGUUUGUUGUUAUUUAUUACCAGCAGAUCUGAGCCUUGCAUUCUCAGAUUGAGGUAAACUAGGACAGCAACUAGGAAAGAAAGGAGAACUUUUUAUUUGUUGGUUUUAUCAGAGAGGCUACAUCUUCUGAGGAGCUGUCAAGGGUGUAGUAAACGUCUAAGUGAUUGAGUAUAUGACCUUAAAAUAAUAUUCUAUGAACAUGACGUCAUCUAUUGAUAAUUUUAUGGCUGUUUCCUCAAACCAUACAAAGCUGCUAGGCCAUUUAUUACCUCAAGUGAUGGAGAGGAACAUUUUUAAAGACAUGAGGUAAAUCUAAAUCCUCAUUGUCAUUAUUUUAUUAUGUCUUGAGGUCACAUUGAUAUUUGAAUGAAGGUCGUGCUCUUCAAAGUUAAGUAGGAUAAGAGUCUAUGAACCUUCCAAUCCAUAAAACUAUUACCCUAACAAUUUCCCUUUAGCUAGUGAACUAUCCUUUUAUGUUUUACUACACAAAACUAUUUGUAAAGCGUGUAGCAUUUCCUAAAUAAUGCCUUGAGCUUGAAUCUAAUUAGGCUGGCAGAGUCUGGCUUUUGCCGUUUUCUCUCAGGGUUACAUAUGUGACUCAGUUUUCCGGAGGAACCACAGGGCACUGUGUGUAGAAAUCUAGACUCCUUUUUCCCUGUUGAUUAAAUGCUCAGGUUGAAAUAUGCUUUAUUUGAAUUGUUUUUGGAAAACUGAAUACACUUGUAACCAGUAUAAAAAUUUAAUUCACCAGAAUAUAUUUUCUUAGAAACACUCACUAAAAUUGCCCUCAGGAUUAAAUAAAGCCCAGAUAUGCAGUUAGUGAUUUAACUUACAGGCUCUCUGUUGUCUGUAUAUGUCUCUAUCUGUCUGUGUGUAUAUGGCUUUCUAUGUAUCAUUGAGUAAAUAAGUUAAAACAAAUUAUAUUUUGACAUCUCUGAUAAAUAUCAAAUGUCAAUACACAUUUCAAAAUCAUCCUAUAUCACUAGAAAAUGCCCAAUGAUAUAAAUUUCUUUUUCUUAAUUUCAGAUUUGACUCUAUCAUCCUUGCCUCUUAAAGAGAUUUAAUGCAUUUUAAUUAUUUUCAUACUUUAUGUGUUUGCUAUGAAUUGAAUGCUCAUGCUACCUGAAAUAAUACUUUGGACUGCAGGACAGUAUUGAUUCCUAAGUAGAUUGACUGUACUCUCAUGAUAAGUAUAUAUAUGUGCAUGAGAAAACACAUUCAAUUAUAGUCUCUGUGUUUAAAAAACUACCAUGGUAUACAUUUUCCUAUGUGGUGCUUGAAGAGUUUCAUUCUACAGUUUACAAGGUGUAGAUUUGCACCCCAAAUUCUCAGGGUAUGUUAUUUUACCCAAAUACUUGAAAGAAAAAAGGUGCCCUGUAUCUUAUCAGUACUGUUGAGGGGGAAAAUUAUGUGUAGGUUUGUUUUAGAAAACUACUUAUAAAAGUCAAAUUUAUAAAAUCUGUUAGGUUUUAACAUAAUUUCUAAGGAGAUAUACAUAUAGAUAUGAUAUAUAUUUUCGAGAGACUGUUUCUAUAUUCUUAAUUAACUUCUUGGUCCUAAGUAGACCUCACAGGUGCAUAAAAUCAUUAAUAAAGCAUGUAGCAUUUGCUAAAUUGUACCUUGAGCUUGAAUCUAAUCAAAAUUGCAUACUCUGGUCCUCUAGGGGGGGAAAAUCAUGUUUAUUUGUGGCACAUGUGAUUACAAGACCCAGGGGAGGAUUCUGCAAAUUGGACUUGCUUGUAUGUCUCGUGUCUCCAAAGAGAACUGAACAUUCACAGAAGUAUUUGUAAGCUGUUAACAUUCUUGUUUCAUGUUGCAACUAGAAUAUAUUAUUAGAUUUAUUUCUAUUUAAUUCAUAAUGGUGCAGAAUAAAACACACACGUCUAAUUUGAUAUCUUUUUUAAAAAAGUUUCAUAAUUGGUUUUUACAAGCUAGUGUUAAUGGCAGAAAGUCCUUUCAAGGGCUCCCUGAAUUACCUAUAGUCUUUGAAUCUAUUUUUUAACAGGUUGUCCUUUUUGCCUCUCCCUUUGAAGAUAUAGGUUUCUAUAUUUACAUUUAAAUCAUAUUAUUAUACAGUGAAGACAGUGGUGGUUGAAAAGAAUGUGAAGACUGACUAAGUUAUGUCCCAAACAGAGGAAAUUGUGUGAUGAUGGAGAAAGACAUUGGAUAAUGCUGAAUUAUACCCCUGACUAUGAAAUAAGCCAGUGGUAAAUGAAAAGAAUGUGAAAAUUUGAACUGUUUUCAAGACAGAAAUUUUGGUAGAAGAGUUCCUACCUGAGGUCUGAUGUGACUCAAUUAUGGAAUGCAGUGAGCUUGGCCAGUGGGACUGCAAAUCCAGCCCAACAGCUCUGAGAAUUACAUUGUCAGUGUACUACGUAUGGAGAAAACUACUUAGAUGAGGAUUCUGUGAGACUAGCUUAUGUGCCUUAAUUGCCAGUAUUUGUAAGAGAUCAUGCAAUCUUGUGUAAUGGUCUUUUAUUUCGACUCUUUUGAAAACAAAAAUGUUUCGUUGUUUGUUUUUUUUUUCCAGUAAAAGUAACUCCAAAGAAAA